AUGAAUUCUAGCUGUCUGUGGUUCAUCAUCCUCAUAAUUUGGGUGUUAACAAACUCAACAAUACUUGUGUAUUCAUUUUCAAACAAUGUCACUGAUCACCAGGCUUUGCUUUCUGUCAAGGCUUCGAUACCAAUAGACCCUUCGGGUCUGCUAAACUCGUGGAACGAUUCCAUCCACUUCUGUCAGUGGAAUGGCGUUACAUGCAGCCACAGACGGCAGAGAGUUACAGAAUUAGACCUUUCCUGGAAUCAAUUGGCUGGCACAUUGUCUUCUCAUAUUGGAAACCUCACUUUUCUGAGGGCCAUUUACCUCUAUCAGAAUCGCUUUCAUGGCUCAAUCCCCAAUGAAAUCAGCCGGCUGUCUCACCUACAAUAUCUUGAACUUGGAUACAAUGAUUUUCAAGGUGAAUUCCCUUCCAAUUUGAGUCAUUGUGUAAAUAUCAUAAACAUCAGCAUGUAUGACAACCAUCUUGAAGGAAAAUUACCUACAGUAUUUGCUUCUUGGUCCAAAAUUAAUACUAAUCUUGGAAUGAAUCGGUUUACUGGAUCAAUUCCACCUUCACUUGGGAAUCUAUCACAUCUUCAAGGUAUUGAUCUACGCAGUAACAAUCUAACAGGGGGCAUACCUUUGGAAAUUUCUCAUCUCACAAAACUAGAGAUUAUUAUAUUGUCCACAAACAGGUUGUCAGGUACGGUUCCCCUGCCACUUUACAACAUUUCGUCCCUCGCUGAGGUUGCUCUGGAUGGCAAUGAGUUAGAAGGAACACUUCCAACAGAUUUGGAUUUCACCCUUCCAAAUCUACAACAGUUAUACCUUGGAAGGAACAGAUUUUCAGGAUCGCUUCCACCAUCUAUUACCAAUAUUUCCAAUCUUGUUACUUUUGACAUAUCCUAUAACAUAUUCACAGACCCUAUACCAAUGAAUUUGGGAAGCCUUCAAAACCUUCAAGUGCUAAGUUUGAGUGGCAAUCCACUCAGAAACAGUCAGCUUUCCAAUGACUUUGGCUUCUUUGAUUCUCUAGUCAACUGUACCCAUCUAAAGGUAUUGGCCAUAGAUGAUAUUGGUUUAAGGGGGGAGAUCCCGAAUUCGAUUGCAAAUCUCUCCAUAACUCUGGAGAUGUUGGAUAUGGCCGGAAACCAAAUACACGGAAACAUACCUUAUGAAAUUGGAAAACUUGUGAACAUAACGCGACUUGCAUUGUCUGGCAACUUCUUAACAGGGUCCAUUCCAGAAUCAAUUGGAGAGCUAUCAAAGCUAGGAAGAAUAUAUCUGGGAGACAACAACAUUUCAGGAGUUAUUCCAACUUCUAUUGGCAACAUCACAAAAUUGAGUGUUCUCAGUUUACCAAAUAAUAUGCUUCAAGGAAGCAUACCUAUUGAAUUGUGCAAUAUUUCCACUCUACAGGAAGUGUUUCUUACAAACAACAGCCUUGGAGGUGUGAUACCUGAGCAAAUAGUUGGGUUUUCUUCUCAGUGUUUUGUCAUGAAUUUAGACAACAAUCUAUUCACAGGGCCACUGCCAUCAAGCAUUGGAAGCUUCAAACAACUAGUUCAACUAGAUGUUUCACGGAACAGAUUAACGGGCUACAUACCAAGUACUCUGGGUGAUUGUGUGAUGUUAGAGGCUCUACUAAUGGAAGGAAACCAGUUUGAAGGUAAAAUUCCAUCUUCUUUUAAAGCUUUAAAGAGUCUUGUGAUUCUAGAUCUCUCAAGUAAUAACAUAUCUGAGAAUAUCCCAAGAUUUUUUGAUAGUUUCAAAUUAAUUGAGUUCCUCAAUCUGUCGCACAACAAGCUUGGCAGUGAAGUGCCAAAAGGAGGUCUAUUUUCCAAUGUUAGUCAUUUUUCAGUUGUUGGAAAUUUGCGGCUUUGUGGUGGUAUUCAAGCAUUGCAAUUGCCUCCUUGUCCUGUAAAAUUCUUAAGGACAAAGAAGAAGACUACUCACCUGAAAAUAAUACUCCUCCUUGUCAUUCUGCCCCUUGCGAUCUUGUUAGCAUGUCUUACCGUACUUUUUCUUCGACAGCGAAAGUCCAAGCAAAUGAAUAUCACUGUAUCAGAGUUACAAGACAGCCGGUACCCCAAGCUUUCAUACCAAGAGCUUUUACUAGCUACAAACGAAUUUUCUCCAAAUAAUUUGCUUGGUGAAGGAAGAUAUGGUUCGGUUUACAAAGGAACUUUUGAAUCACUGGAACAGACUUUUGCUGUGAAAGUACUAAAUGCUGAGGUAAGGGGAGCCAACAAAAGCUUUUUGGCAGAGUGUGAAAUCCUGAGGAAUAUUCGCCACCGAAAUCUUAUCAAGAUCAUAACAGCAUGCUCUAGCACAGAUUUUAAAGGUAAUGAUUUCAAGGCAUUGGUUUUCGAAUUUAUGAUGAAUGGUAGUCUAGAUGACUGGUUACAUCUAAGUUCUGGGAAUGAAAGAAACUUGAGUCUGCUCCAGAGACUAAAUAUUUCCAUUGAUAUUGCAACGGGAUUAAAUUACCUACAUCAUCACGGCCACACAAGUAUCAUCCAUUGUGACAUAAAGCCAAGCAAUAUUCUUCUUGAUGAGGUUUUUGUUGCACAUGUUGGUGAUUUUGGUUUGGCGAGGUUCUGCAUGACAACAAGUGACAUCAAUCAAGUACAAAUGAGUUCAACUGGUAUCCGUGGAACUGUUGGAUAUGUUCCUCCAGAGUAUGGAAUGGGUGGGGAGAUAUCCGCAGAGGGAGACGUGUAUAGCUAUGGAAUACUUUUACUAGAGAUGUUCUCUGGGAAACGACCUACAGAAAGCAGCAUAUUAAUGGGCGAUGGUGGUAACCUUUACGACUAUGUCAAUAAGGCGCUCCCAGAUAGAGUGAUGGACAUUGCUGACCCUCGGAUUAUACUGGAUCAGGAAGAUCUUGGCUUGAUUGAGAGCCAAUCAUACAACAAGGCUACAAUGGAGGCAUGUUUGGCAUCCAUAUUUGAAGUGGGGAUACGGUGUUCAGUUGAAACACCAAGAGAACGCAUUGACAUUGCUGUCGUGAUUAAGCAGCUCCAUGUGGCAAGAGACAAACUUCUGCGGCGCAGGCAGUAACCUGGGUUUAACCUGGAAUCCCCAUGCGAUAUUAGACAUAAGCAUUUUCAUAUGUAAUCACCCAAUGUGACAAAAGAGAAUCAAUUUGUAACUCUGCAGUUCCUAUCUUUAUAUUUGUAAGUUACAAUAUGUUCUUUGCUUGAAUUAAAACAUGGCUUGAUACUCAU